AUGUCUCGCGCUGCUUCUGCUUCUGCUUCCAGGGCUCGCUGCGGUGCGAAGGAUCCGCGUCCAUGGAAAACGGAGGCGUCGCUGAGUUGCUGGGUUCGCAGGUCGCGCCACAGGGGAGCGCGGGGCUUGGCGCAGCGGCAGGAGGAGAUCGUGGUGGUGCCGACGGAGGGAUGCCGAGGUUCGAAGCCGGUGCAGGGGAUUGGGUGCUGGCGUCACUGGAGCUGUGGUGAGGAAGAGAAGAGGGAGGCCGAGGAAGUACGGACUCGGCGGAGGAGCCAUGCGGUCGGCGUCCUCAUCUCGUGGCCUCGCUCGGCGGGGCUUGGCGAGCCGCGGCAGGGGGAGGCGCCCAGGUCCCUCCGGUGGAAUUCUGCAUGUCCCUCCUACCUGUUCUGUGAAGUUGGAGGUCCAGCGUGGGAAUUUGCAGGAUAUUUUCAAGCUCAGAAAGUGACGAUACAUAGAGGGGAGGAAAUCUUUGCCAAGUUAUCAGCUUUCAUCGAACCAGGUGCUCAGUCACUCUCCAUAUUUUCGGCAACUGGUUCUGUCUCCAGUGUCGUCAUGCGCCAACCUGGGCGUCUGGGCGGUCUUUUGACUUACGAGGGGUGUUUCGAAAUUCUGGCCCGGAAUGGCUCAUUUACAAUUUGGGAAGGAAGAAUUUGUGCGCGCCCUGAAGUUAGCUUGGUCAGUAUCAUGCUUGCUAGGUCUGAUGGUCAGGUUUUUGGCGGUCGAGUUGCGGGUCCAUUGACAGCUGCUGGCCCUACUCAGAUUGUAGUGGCCACUUUUAAGGAUGUUGUGGCAAUAAGCCUAUAAGAGCGGAGUCCACCAAUCCUCAUGCGAGGGCAGCUAUUGGUAUCUCUGCAAAUCCAAUUCAUGAAGUGAGACGGCCUGAGCAAAUUGCAAGAAUGGCAGAAGUGGAUGACAAUUCUGGCACUCCUACCUCUGUGCUGCUGGAGCCAACUGACAAGGAAGCAAAGACUACUAUCACUUCUGGAAACAAUGAUGUGAACCCUGCUUCUCUCCGCAUUGAUGAGCAUUAUCCCUUGGGACCGGUGGAGCCAAUUUUGGAUCAGAACAUGCCCACAGACACCAAUGCUAAUGUCCCUGAACUGUGAUAACGUUUUUCUCUCGAUUUGUGUAUGCAUUCGUCACAAUUUACCAAUAUGGAUUUUUUAGUAAUAAAAAACUAAUUUAGGAUAAUUUGGCUAUAAAUAUAUCAA